ACGUACGAAGAACACAAAUAGUCGCCCGUUGCCACGUUCGUUCUAGCGCAGCAAUUCAGUUCAAACUUUUGAAUAGGGUACGGCUCGGAUUCUGCUGACGAGCUUCUAGGGGGGAAGAAGGUUGAAGGGGGAGUAGGCAUCGUUCUCGUACCGUGUUAUCGACCAACCACGAGCUCAGGACUGUUUGACUGUGAGUUGAUUCCGCAGGAUUCACAACGUUACGCAUGGAGGGAUCCUUGAGGUGAUUGAGGACUCGACGUACGAGGCCAACGCGCUUUCGAAUCCUUUAGUCCUGGAGUUUACGGAAUCGGGGUUGCGAUCGAAGAUCUCAAUCAUGGAACGAUUAACCGGCGAGAGCAUGCUGGAACAGUUUGAAAGAAUUGCUCGAUAGAGUCGAAUAUUCGAUGAAGAAUAUGUCGCCUUCCGACGGGAGGGUAUGAGCGGUGUUUUUCUCCUGGCGGCUGAAGAGGGAAAGAAAUGGCUCGGGGAGGGGGAGGGGGAGCCGGUGGGGCGGGAAAAACGACAGUUGUGGUGCUGGAUAAUGGAGCUGGAUUUUGCAAGGCCGGUUUUGGCGGUGAGACUGAUCCGUCCGUUGUCGUACCGAAUUGCAUGGCGCGACCACGAUCGGCGAAGAAAUGGGUGGUCGGCGAUCAAAUUUCGGAAGUUCAAGACAUUCAGGGAAUAUCGAUUCGGCGCCCCAUGGACAGGGGCUACUUGAUAAACCCCGACACGGAGAAGGAAAUUUGGGAAAGGGUGUUUAAGACUCACCUCAAGAUACGCCCUUCUGAAUGCAGCCUGUUGUUGGUGGAGCCUCUGUUUAAUCUGCCAUCGAUACAGAAGUCGACGGACGAAAUCGUUUUUGAAGAAUUUGGUUUCCAAUCGCUGUUCGUUGCGAAUGCACCAGCUUUAAGUCAUAAUUAUCAAGUGGAUUGUGCCCCGGAUAGUUUGAUUGCGAAGUCGAACUGCAGCUUGGUCGUAGACGCAGGAUUUAGCUUCACCCACGCUGUCCCGGUCUUUGACGGGUUUGUAGUGAAUCAUGCUGCGAGGAGAAUGAAUCUCGGCGGGAAAGCCCUGACGAACUAUCUGAAGGAGUUGGUUUCGUAUAGAGCGUGGAAUAUGAUGGACGAGACGUACAUCAUGGAAGAUGUCAAAGAGAAGCUCUGUCUUUGUUCACUCGAUACGGCUGCUGAUCUCGACGUUGCAAGGAGCCGUGGACGAAGCAAUUAUUUUCUCUGCGAUUACAUUUUGCCAGAUGGAAUCAAGCAUAAGCGAGGGUUCGUCAAGAAUCCACAAGCAGCAUCAGCAUACAUGCACAAGCGGAAGAAAGUAGAGCCCGUGGACAUGGAAGAAGACGAUGAUGAGGAGAUUGCUGAGAAGGAAGAGACGAGGAGUGCAACCAAAGCUGGAUUACCAGCUAAAGAGGAUCAUCAGAUCUUGACCUUGACCAAUGAGCGCUUUCUGGUCCCGGAGAUGUUAUUCCAUCCUGCCGACCUUGGGAUGAAUGAAGCCGGUUUGGCAGAGUGCAUUGUUCGAGCCGUAAAGGCCUGCCACCCAACUUUACAUCCUGUUAUGUAUUCGAAUGUGCUGCUUACUGGCGGCAGUACUCUCUUCAAUGGCUUCAAGGAAAGAUUAGAGAACGAACUUCGCCCCCUUGUCCCUGAUGAAUUUGAAGUAAAUGUUCAAUCCGUAGAUGAUCCACUUUUGGCGGCUUGGAAAGGAGGAUCAAUGUUGGCUGCUAGUCAAGACUUCCACACCGCAGCAAUAACCAAAAGAGAAUAUGAAGAAAGUGGAUCGUCUCGUUGUCGUCGUAGAUUCAUGUUUUGACGUCAGCCGGAUGAGUGAUAAUGAUGUUUCGACGUCAGCUCUUUCGCACUGGAUGUUAAAGCAUUGUUCUCACAUUCUGCGUCUAUCCAUGCCGGUCUCAUUUCGUGGCCUUCAUUUCUUUUUACAACUUCAACCCGAAGUGAAGUCGAGCACCAAGAGAGCUUCCGAUCUCAUUUAGUGGCCUUCAUUUCUUUUUACAACUUCAACCGGAAGUGAAGUCGAGCACCAAGAGAGCUUCCAACCUUCGAAACCAAGAAUGUCCCUGAAGGAUGGCGACGUUAAAAUUCUGUUCAGAGGCGAAUCAUCUUCAAAGUGAUAUCUGUGAGGACUUGGGAGGCAUCUACUUUCCAGGGCCGAGUUAAUUAUACAAGCUUGCCUUUUCCACUCGUACUAUUCAAAAUUGUGGUGGUUUAUCAUCCAUGUGAGACUACUCACUGGAUGUUUUCAAGCCAACGCUGAGGCGAUGAAAGUUGUACGUAGUGUCAGAUGCUCCGCUCACGGAAGAAACGGCCACAUGCUGUGCACAUUGUUUUUCAGAGGCAACAGCAGAGUGGCACGAGGCAUAGCAGAUCUGAAACUUUGUUCAUCGAUUGAUGCGUAGUCAUUUACUGCUGUGUAUAAGCUCAAAAAUUAAGAUAUGCGGUGCUGAGUUGAGCAUUCUGUACUUUCAGAGGAACAGCACCGUCUUGCAAAGAGCCCAAGCUUUCUGUUGUUGCGAUCUGUGGACUUUCAUACCUCAAUAAAUGUACUCGGAAGGCAAUCACAG